GUUUAACUAACAAUUAGAAUUUUAGACAUAAAAUUAGUGGGAACUAAAAGAAAAUUAAAAUUACGUUUUAACCCCAAACGUUUCCAAAUAUUCCAAAUCUUCCCCCCAGAUAAUGAAAAUUGAGCAAAGACGCUUUCUGUUGUAGAGAGAAACAAACACAUCAUCCAUAGAGAGAGAGAGAGAGAUCCCUUCUGCAAGACAAAAACGGAUCUCUGUCGUCUUCUCAGGUCUGAGUCGUCCUCUUAGCUCAGUACUCCUCAGAUCUACCGGAGAUUCUCUAUUCUCUCUCGUACAAAAAGAUCAAACGAUUUCGUUGUAUGUAAAAUGCAAUUUAAUCCCUUCGUAUACGCAAAGCGAUACACGAGAUCUAGUGCUGCUUUAACAUCUCCGAAGAAUCUGUUGAGUUUCUUCUGCAUUUGAUGCUAAAAAGCAAGGCUUUAAGUGUUUAGCAGUUAACAGAGAAGAUGGUGUUUGGUAAGAUCACUCAAUUUUUCACAUCAAAUCGUUACGGACCCAACACACAACCUUCUAUUCCAUACAUCCCCACUAGCUCAUCACCAGAUGUAGGCGCCACCUCAGCAGCAGCUCCAGACUCCAUCACAUUCGGUAACAAUGGACGCAAAAACGGUUUAAGACACGCUGCUUCACUCCAAGACUUCUCUUCCUACCACGCCUUUGACCCCGAAGAGCCUUUCACCGACUCAACCAAACAACAACAACCACCAUGGGGAGGAGGAGGAGGAGGAGGAGGAGGACAAAACGGAGCUAGCUUCUCCAAGGACAAAGCAAGUGUGACCAACCGUAGAUGGAUCCGUGCGGUUAUGAUCGUUAUGUGUCUGUUUCUGUUUGCUUCUCUGGUGUAUAUAGUAGGCAUGUAUGUUUACACGAACUGGUCACGUGGAGGGUCGAGGUAUUACGUUGUGUUUGACUGUGGAAGUACAGGGACUCGUGCUUAUGUUUAUCAGGCGUCUGUAAACUACAAGAAGGAGAGUAGUCUACCUAUUGUUAUGAAGUCUUUGACGGAAGGUAUCUCUAGGAAGAGUAGUGGCAGGGCUUACGAUAGGAUGGAGACAGAGCCUGGGUUUGAUAAGCUUGUUAACAACAGAACGGGUUUGAAGAAAGCGAUUAAGCCACUUAUUCAGUGGGCAGAGAAGCAGAUCCCUAAGCGUGCUCAUAGGACAACGUCUCUCUUUGUGUAUGCAACGGCGGGAGUUAGGAGGUUGCGUGGGACUGAUUCGAGCUGGCUUUUGGGUAAUGUGUGGUCUAUAUUGGCGAAGUCUCCUUUCACUUGUAAGAGGGAGUGGGUUAAGAUUAUUAGUGGUACUGAGGAGGCUUAUUUUGGAUGGACUGCUCUUAAUUAUCAGACGAGUAUGUUGGGAGCUGUGCCUAAGAAGGCGACGUUUGGUGCACUUGACUUAGGUGGGUCUUCGUUGCAGGUGACGUUUGAGAAUGAGGAGCGAGCGCAUAAUGAGACCAACUUAGAUCUCAGGAUUGGGUCUGUUAAUCAUCAUCUUAGUGCUUAUUCUCUCGCGGGGUAUGGUCUUAAUGAUGCGUUUGAAAGGUCUGUUGUUCAUCUUUUGAAGAGGCUACCAAAUGUUAAUAACUCUGAGUUGAUUGAAGGGAAAAUGGAGAUGAGACAUCCUUGUUUGAAUUCUGGAUACGAGGGGCAGUACAUUUGUUCUCAAUGUGGUUCCAGUGUGAAACGAGGUAAAAAAGGGAAGUCAGGAGUUUCUAUUAAGCUUGUUGGUGCUCCAAACUGGGGAGAGUGCAGCGCCCUGGCGAAAAUUGCUGUUAAUAGCUCUGAGUGGUCAAAGACAAAGCAUGGUGUUGAUUGUGAAUUGCAGCCUUGUGCUCUUCCUGAUGGUUACCCUCGUCCUCAUGGUCAGUUCUAUGCUGUAUCCGGAUUCUUCGUGGUGUACCGAUUCUUCAAUCUAAGUGCUGAAGCUUCCCUUGAUGAUGUUUUGGAAAAGGGUAGAGAAUUUUGUGAAAAGGCUUGGCAAGUUGCCAGAACAAGUGUUCGUCCACAACCCUUCAUUGAACAGUACUGCUUUAGAGCACCAUACAUAGUCUCCUUGCUACGAGAAGGCUUAUAUAUAACAGAUAAGCAGAUCAUAAUUGGGUCUGGGGGUAUAACUUGGACACUCGGAGUAGCUAUUCUGGAAGCAGGGAAGGCUCUGUCUUCGACAUUGGGACUAAAGAGCUAUGAGACUCUGAGCAUGAAGAUAAACCCAGUAGCCCUUAUAUCUGUUUUGUUCGUCUCACUGCUUCUGCUUCUCUGUGCACUAUCACGCGUCAGCAACUGUUUGCCAAGAUUCUUUAGGAAGUCCUGUCUCCCUCUUUUUAAGCACAAUAGCGCCUCAGCUUCGUCUGUUCUCAACCUUCCUUCUCCCUUUAGGUUCCAGCGAUGGAGUCAUAUGGGUACAGGGGUAAAGGCACCGUUGAGUCCAACAGUGAGGAGCUCGCCGCGUAGGCCAUUUAGUUUUGGAAGCAGCAUACAGCUCAUGGAGUCUGCUUCAUUGUACUCAUCGAGCAGCAGCGUUAUGCAUAGUUAUUCUUCUGAUAGCUUAGGGGAGAUGCAGGUUGACAACGGUGGCGCCUUCUGGUCCUCCCGGAGUCAAAUGCGUCUACAAAGCCGGAGAUCACAAUCCAGAGAAGAUCUUAGUUCGUCGCUAGCUGAAUCACACAUGCUUAAGAUGUAGAAGAAAGAACGUUUUUGGUACUGUUUUUUUUUUAUCACUUCCACACUCUCUCUCGCUUUUUCUCCUUUUUGGUAUCAUAGAAUCUAAAAGAAAAAAAAAGAAGAAAAACUUCACGAGAGCAAAGAUAUUCCUUGUUUCAGUUAACAUGUAAUUCAUUCUAUACCAUAUAUGAUUAUUAUUAAUUUAACCCCAGUUCAACUAUGUAUCACUUUC